AUGGAGAUCAUCCUCCUAGGGGAUCAAAGUCCAGAGGUUUCUGGUGAAAGUGCCCCUGUCCCUGUGAGGACUGAACCUGAGGGUUCUGAGGGCAUUCCAGCAAAGAUCGGAGGGAAAGGUGUUGCUGCUGACCCGUCAUUGCCUUCUCCUGGCAAUUCUCUAAAGACGUCGGGUAUUACAUCCGAGUCUCCGGCCAGUGCUGUUGCCGACCUUCUUAGGGAGCAAAUGUUUGGUGGAGCCACAGAGGCCUCGGAUCCACGCCUUCUUGCUCUGACCGGCCUUUUAUCCAGCUUUACCAAGGAGCAAGUGACGGGCCUCUUUAUGGAGGUGGAUAUCCGUGAUCGCUCCCUCCGGGAGUCCGUAGAUCACCGAAUUGAAGAGGCACGUCUGGAGGAGAAUAUAUCUGCCACCAGUGAUGCGAGGGGCAAUUUGGCAGCUGCUCGGGAGCAGAUCCAGUCCCUCCAGGUGGAAUUGCAUUCUGCGUUGGAGGCCCUCAAAAAGGCUGAAGAGAAAACAGCCGAGACGGCCAAGCAUACCUCGUCCUUAGAAGAUGAGUUGUCUCGGACUCGCAAUGUUCUCCAGGAGGCUGAUGAGAGGGCAGCUACCUUGGAGGCUGAUUUCGAAGGACUUCAGACUCAUCUGGAGGAAGUAAAGGCUCAGAGAGAGAUGGCCUUAGCUCGGGUGCAGGUCCUUGAGCAGGAGUUGAGCACAAGCUCUGACCGUAUCAGAGACUUGACUUCCUCGGCUGAAGAGACAAUGCCGCCCAAAGUAGGUAAUAGAAGUCGGGGCCGUGGUGUUCGUACAGCUAGAUUAGCUGAUAUUGGUCGACCUCCUAGGGAUCCUGCAGUUACACCUCCACCUCUUGAAGGGGUGGCAGAUCAUGAGUUAUCUGAGAGCAGAGAAGGACAUGGAGAUUCUGUUUCUCAUGCACCUGCAGUUGCACCUCCUGUCGCACCUGCAGCUCCACCUUUUGUUCCACCUGUAGCACUAGCCCAUCCUUUUCAAAUCAAUGCAGACCUGGGUGCUUUUGUGGCACAAGUAGUUACAGCAGCUGUUACAGCAGCUGUUACAGCUAAACCUAGAGAUCCAUGGGAGAUAGUGGAUCGUGCUAGACGUUUGGGAGCUUAUGAUUUUGAGGGCUCUUCUGAUGCUAACAUUGCAGAUAAAUGGUUAAAGAAAGUGGUAAAAGUGUUUGAAUUAAUGAAGCUGACUGAUGUAGAUAAGGUAGAUAAUGCAUAUGGUUUGCUUCAGGGUAAGGCUGAUGGUUGGUUUGAUGGCAUUCGUCGCAAACAUGGAGUCGGACUGACUUGGGAUCAAUUUAUAUAUGAAUUUCGCCAGGAGUAUUUAUCAGAAAGUUACAGGAAAGGGAAACAGGAUGCCUUUUUCAGGUUGUUUCAAGGAAGCCUCUCAAUAAGAGAGUAUGUUGACAAGUUUGAAGAUCUUUAUUGCUUUGUUUCAGACAUACUGCCUUCUGAGGAAGUUAAAUGUAAUAGAUUCAGACAAGGCCUAUAUGUCAAUAUCAGAUCUUCCAUGACCUGGUUCAGAGGUAAUAAUUUCAGAGAGUUGGUGGAAGCAGCUUUGAAUGUUGAGAAAGUUAAGCAAGAAGAGAACGAGUAUGAGCAAAGGAUGAGUAGAAAGCAUGUGCAGGGUUCACAGGGGUUCAGAGAAAGACCAGCUAAGAGAGGGAGCAGUUCAUUUCAGUCCCAAACUGAAUACAGAGGUAGUGGGAGAGGUUCUUUUGUUAACACAGAGCAGCAGACACGUGGGCAAGGAUAUAAUUCUGGGUUUGAGCAAAGGAAGAGACAUUUUCCUCAAUGUGCCACCGGUGGUAAAUAUCAUGCUAGGGAGUGCAGAAAAUUCGAUAAGGGUUGUUUUGAAUGUGUUUCUUCGGGGCAUUUUAAGAAAGAUUGUCCAUUGUUGAUAGCCAGAGACAGUGGUUCUCAGCAAGGGUCAGUGACACCUCAGAAUCUAAGGUAUGGUAUGACACCAUCACAGGGAGUACCUACGGCACAAGUUGGGCCUAGCACAAGCAAAGCCAGUGGAGCUACUUCAUCUUCUCAGUCUAGACCGACGAUGCAACCUGGUAGACCUCGCACUCAAGCCAGAGUCUUUGCUAUGACACAGCAGGAGGCACGAGCAUCUCCAGAGGUGGUGACUGGUAUGUUAACUAUUUUUGAUAAAGAUGUACACAUUCUUAUAGAUCCUGGUUCUACUCACUCUUUCAUAUCUCAAUCAUUCUCUAAGCAUGCUGAUAGAGAAUUAAAACCCUUAGACUGUGGAUUAGCUGUGAGUACUCCAGUUGGGGAUUCUGUUGUAUGUGAACAGGUGUAUAGGGAUUGUGUUGUUAAGUUGGGCAAUCAUGAGCUGUUAGUGGAUCUAAUUCCUUUGUGUCUACAAGAUCUGGAUGUCAUCCUAGGUAUGGACUGGUUAUCCCGUCAUUAUGCCACAAUAGAUUGCUUUGAGAAAUCAGUGGUAUUUAAUAGUCCAGAAGGGUCCAAGUUCACUUUCUUUGGGGAGAGGCGUUUACUUCCUUCUUAUGUGAUUUCCGCCAUGACCACCAGGAAGAUGCUUCGGAAGGGUUGUCAAGCAUAUUUAGCCUAUGUGGUGGACAGUAACCUAGAAGGACCUAAAUUGGAGGAUAUACCAGUAGUAAACGAGUUUCCUGAUGUAUUUCCUGAAGAACUUCCUGGGUUGCCUCCAGAUAGAGAGAUUGAAUUCUCUAUUGAUUUAAAUCCAGGUACAGCUCCUAUUUCUAUGGCACCAUAUAGAAUGGCCCCAAUAGAACUGAAGGAGUUAAAAGCACAAUUGCAGGAGCUACUUGAUAAAGGUUUCAUAAGACCCAGUGUUUCACCUUGGGGAGCCCCUGUGCUAUUUGUGAAGAAGAAGGAUGGUUCCUUAAGAUUGUGUAUUGACUACAGACAAUUGAAUCGAGUCACAGUGCGAAAUAAGUAUCCUUUACCCCGCAUUGAUGAUCUUUUUGAUCAAUUCCAAAGUGCUAAAGUAUUCUCUAAGAUUGAUUUGCGGUCUGGCUAUCAUCAAUUGAAGAUCAAGGAGUCUGAAAUACCCAAGACAGCCUUUAGAACUCGUUAUGGGCAUUAUGAGUUUCUCGUUAUGCCUUUCGGGGUGUUCAAGCCCUACUUGGAUAGCUUUGUUAUUGUGUUUAUUGAUGACAUCUUAGUAUAUUCCCGUAGCAAGGAAGAGCAUGAAAAGCAUUUACGGAUAGUACUGCAAAUUUUGAGGGAUAAGCAACUAUAUGCUAAAUUGAGCAAAUGUGAGUUCUGGCUUGAUCGGGUGGUUUUCUUGGGACAUGUUAUCUCAGCAGAUGGAGUUUUGGUUGAUCCUAAGAAGAUUGAAGCAGUAGUCAAUUGGGACCCUCCAACUAAUGUUACAGAGGUUAGAAGUUUUUUGGGUUUGGCAGGGUAUUAUCGUCGCUUUGUGCAGGAUUUCUCCAUCAUUGCAGCAUCAUUGACUAAACUCUUUCGAAAGAAUGCAAAGUUUGAAUGGACAAAUGAAUGUCAAGAGAGUUUCGAGAAACUUAAAACAUGUCUCACAUCAGCCCCAGUUCUUACCUUACCCUCAGGUACAGAUGGAUUUGUGGUGUAUAGUGAUGCUUCUCAUAAGGGUUUAGGCUGUGUACUCAUGCAACAUGGGAAGGUGAUAGCUUAUGCUUCUAGACAGCUUAGACCACAUGAAUUAAAUUAUCCCAUCCAUGAUCUGGAAUUAGCUGCAGUUGUGUUUGCAUUAAAGACAUGGAGGCAUUAUCUUUAUGGCGUGACUUGCCAGAUUUUUACAGACCACAAGAGUUUGAAGUAUCUUCUCACACAGAAGGAGUUGAAUUUAAGGCAGAGACAGUGGAUUGAGUUACUUAAGGACUACGAUUGUACUAUUGAAUAUCAUCCAGGUAAAGCUAAUGUGGUAGCUGAUGCCCUUAGUCGCAAGUCCUUUAGUAAUUUGGGGUAUCUUAAAACAGUUCGGCUUCCCUUGUUACUAGAGAUAAGAUCCUUAAGGGUAGAACUAGCAGUGGAUGACGCAGGAGCAUUGUUAGCAACUCUCAAAGUUUGA